AUGCUCGCUCGAUCCAGCACGCUUGUGCUCAACAACGCUAGACUUCAUCUAGUCACUGCUCGGGCGGCUUUGUCAUGCUUUCUUCCACAGUUCCAGGCUGCUCGCACGUUUUCAUCUACCAAUGUCACCACCGACUCUACCGAGAGCUUGAAGUUCCCACCCGAUGGUGAUCGAAAGGACGCAGGCGAAUUUCCACCUCUUCAUCGGCUUAGAUAUCUUCUCGACGAGCCCGUGGGCCGGAGCCAGAAAGAAUUGAUUACAGAGCUCUCAGACGAUGAUGUCAGUCACCUACCUAUCGUCAUCAGUAGUCGCAAGAAGUGGAGACUCGCUGAACCCGGCUUCACUUUGCCGCUUCGUGAAAAACCUGUUCUCAGCGACCAGACUGCUUUUUCCGCCUGUUCGAAUGGCGAAUACCUCUACAAUGUGUUCAGCAUGCCAUCUUUGCUGCAUCUCAAGCAAUUUCACAAGCAAGUCGCCGAACUGUUUGACGAAGAGGGAAGAACCGUCGACCCCGUAAUCCUGUUGGAUUCACGAUCCCGAGUCCUCGUCAUUGGUCUACCAUCAUAUGUCGGCCUCGAAGCGCCGUUUCCUGCCAAACGAAACCUUGAGGUGAUCACCAAGCUCUUGGCCGACUACAGGUCAAAAGAACCGUCGGACGAGCGCAGGAGCCAAGUUGCACAGCGUUUGCGAGCCCAUGUCGUGACCCACGGCUUUAGGAAGCAAGCCCAUCACGUCAGCUUUCUACUCUAUUCGCUGUACGAAACGGUAAGGAAUGCAUCGGAAGAGGAGAUCCUGAACGGGGAAUUCCAGGUUCCAGCCUGGGCUAGACCUCCUGCGCGCACCGGUAGUAUCGAAGAUAGCGUACCGGUGGAUGUAAAUUCCAAAGGAACCCGUGAUAUUGCUCAAAGGGCUUCAAAUACCUGGCAGAAGGAAAGAAGGAAGAACAGCAAGGGUAACAAGGGCACGGCUAACAGCAAACCAUUCUUGCCCAGAAAGGAACAGUCGAGCAUGGCCGAUAGGUUAAGGCCCGAUAAUCCCAAGUUGCCUGAAGCAAGAGCGUCUGCCGACGAGAUGGGCAUCAAGAAGCCGGUCGAUGUAAACGAGGUCAAGCCAGACGAUCCCAGCCUGCCUGAGGCAGAUACUUUCGCAGCACAGGACCGAGAGGCGCACAAGCCAAGUGACGAUGUGCAAGAUCUAAAGGAACAUGUCCCGUUCCCAACGCCUAUAGCAGAAGAGUUGGGAAUCAAAAAGCCCACCGAGUCCUGA